UUACGAAAUGCUGCUAGCUCUUGAUGAUAACAACCAUCGACAUGGCGGCGCUUCUACUCAACGCAUUAACGACUUACCAGAGUCUACAGUUCAGACUGAUAAGUUUGAAGAAACGUGUGUUAUUUGUCUGGAAACACCGACGAUCGGAGACACCAUACGUCAUCUCCCCUGUUUGCACAAAUUCCAUAAAGAUUGUAUUGAUCCGUGGCUAGGACGGAGUAAAGCAUGUCCGGUUUGCAAAUCCUCAGUUACUUGACAAGGUUCUCAAAACUCACCCGAGAACGUAAUAAAAAUUACCAUUUUACCCUUCCAAACCGUGGAUCUCUGGAAUCAUUUUCCUGGUAACUGGUAAGCCAGUCAUUCUUCGCCAUCGGUUUAGAUGAACUCAUGAAACGGUUUUUGUACUAGCGUUCUCGCGUGAGGAAGUAACUUUUUAUCGCUGUGAUUAUUUUGUCAGGUUUAAUUUCUUAGCUAAUAAGAACUGUUAAAGUUAGUUGGUUU